AUGAAUUUUAACAAAUACCGUAAUCAGGCACAGCAAGUAGGGCUAAGUAAGAAUGAUAAUGUAGAUAUUUAAAAAGAGGACUUAAAAAAGAAAUUAGAAAUUAUGAAGCUCUACACAUCAAGAAAUAAUGACUCAAGGACAAUAUUAAAAAGCAUUGUUGAUUUGAAGUAAAAGCAAAAUAAUGUUUCAACAAAAAUACAAUCGAAUUAUAUGCAGAGUAGCGUUCAUAAUAAGUUUCAUACCUAAUAUCAAUUUAAUGAUAAAUAGAUAUCUCAGAAUAGCGACAUUUUUAGAUAAACACAAUAAUAAACUAGCUUUUAAACUAAUAAAAAUAAUGUAGACUAAAGAAGUUUAUCUCCAUCUAAAAAAGUAAUUACCAGUUAUGGAGAAAAUUUUAAUAUUAUUACUGACUUUAAAGGUUAAUAAAAGUUUCAAUUAUAAUAAAAUUAAUCUCAAAAAUCUCUAAGAGCAAUAAAAGCUUAGUAAUCAAUUCAAAAAAUUUAAAAUAUUGCCUUAGGAUCUUAUAACUCUACUUCUUCAAAAUUAAUUUUAGAUGAUGUGAUGUCUCCUAAGUCACUUAAAUACUCACCUGGCAGCAAUUAAAAUAUACUUCCUUACUAAAAUACUACCUCUUAUUUAAUAAACUAAAAACAUAAGCCUGAUUUACUGAAAAAUUUCAAUUUGACUAAUUCUAAUUAAAUUCCUGCUGUUGUUCAAAGUACUAAAAACUUAAGCAAUUAAAAUUUUUUUAAGUCUAUAAAAAAUUUAGAUUUAUAAGGGUUAUAAAAUAAAAAACGUGAUAAAUCAAUAGAUUUGAGUUCUUCGCACUAGAGUACAGCAUACUUAAAUUAAAUGAGCCCAUCUUCCAGGAGUGGAUAAAUAAAAGAAAAUCUAACAACUUAAGAAUCUAAUCAUGGUGAUUAAUAAUCAGAUUAUAUCAUAUAAAAUAAUUAUGACUCACAUGAAAAAAGAAAAAAACCUAAGUUCAAUAGUAAUGUUAAGUAGUUUUUUGAUGAUGAUGCUAGUACUUAUCAUUAAAGCUAGAGAUUUCAUACUGAAGGGAGCGAUUAAAAUAAUUCAAAGAAAAAAUUCUAUGAAAAAGUAAAUAAAAUUAUAUUAAAAUAAUAGGACAAAAAGAAUCCUCAAUAAGCAAAAUAAAUUACUCAAACUGAAAUCAAUGUAUUUAAAAUAAGAAAUUAAGGUAAAUUAUUUGAAGAAAUGAGUCCUAAAAGCUAAAAUAACCUCAUUUAAAUAGCAAAAUACUAAUCACAAUCACAAAAGCAAAAAACGGAUGCAUCUCCUUCUUUGAAUUCAUCAAAAUAUGAAUCUUAAAAUGAUGAAAAUUUAAGUGUUAGCAUGGAUUCAAUUUUAACAUAAGAAAUGGAAAAUAUUGAGCUUUAUAAAUAAAGGCUAUCAAACUAAAAACAUAAAUUUCAUAAGAUUCACCUAAUGAGACUUUCUCUUCCUAAGAGAAGAAGUUUUGAAAAUUUGAACACAUAAAAUGAUUUUUUAAGCUUAGUUUUGAAUGAAGAUUCUCCCACAAAAAAAGCAAACAAAAUAAAUGCAUUUCUUUAAGCUUAAAGGGAAAAACCCGAAGCCUUUAACAUAUUUGGUUAAUAUAAUGAUUUUUCAAGAUAGCUGCAGCAGAAAUUCAAAGAAACAGUUUAUAGAUUAGAACCUUCUCGUGAUAUUGUUAAAUAUGUUGACCAUGAAUCAAAAAAGUUUCAUCAAAAGAUUUCAACUAUGUCAGCAGAAAAAAAUAUUGAAAUGUAUAAGCAAAGCUACAAAAAUUUAGCAGAAACAACAAUAAAUGCUAUAUAAAAAAUGACACCUUUAUUUGAAACAGGAUUACAGUGUAUAAAUGAUAGAAAUUCGCUUGACUAAAUUUUGAAUGGAAUUAUGCAGGAAUCACUAAAAACAAAAAACUAGGUUGUUUAAAUUUUAUGCUCAAAGGCAUAUGCUAAAAUAUCUAAAUUAAACAAAAACUACACAAGGUCAAUAGAAUUGUACAAAACAUGUAAAAAUUGCUCAGAAAUACCUAGUCUAUUUAAUUACAAACUAUCAUGCUAUAAGAAUUUAGGUUACUGCUUUUCUAGAUUAAAAAUGUAUGAUUUUGCUAUGUACUACUUUUGUAAGAUGCUCAGGAUAGCAUGGUAUUAAAAUGAUCAGGAUGCUGAAUUAAAAGCUUAUGAUUUGAUUGGAAUGUAGUAUUACUAUCAAGGAAAACUAGAAAUAGCUUAGUACUACCAUAACAAAAUGAUAUAGGGAGAUUAUGAAAAGCAUGAUUCAAAUCUUAGAAGACUAGGAAUUUCUAAAGUAGAAAAUAAAUUAAGAUAAAUUGAAGAAGGGGUCACAUUUUCUGAUUCUAUGAAUUUUAAAUCUAAUGGUUUAAAAAAACCAAGAAAAUACAAAUAACAGAAUAAUGACCCUGAUAAUAGCUAUGAUUUUACUAUAUCCUCAGAAAGUGAAGAAGAUUUUGAGCUACCUAUUCCAUCAAAAUCAUACAAAGAACAAACUAUCAAAGAUAACCAAAAAAAAUCUAAUACUAAUUUAAAUUUUAACUUUUAAGAUGAAAGUGAAGCAUAUAAUAAUUAAGUUGAUGAUGGUGGAGACAUUAAUAGUAAUAAUUAGUCUAAUAUGCAGUAAAAUUAAAGAAAAUUUAAGAAAAACUAACCAUUGUUUUACCAUAAAGAUGUACAUUAAUUACAAUAGAUUACAGAUUAAGCAAAUAAAAAUAUUCAUAUAGCUGCACUCUAAAAUGAAAAAAAAAAGUAAAUUAUUUCAGUCCAUAGUAAAAAUAUAAAUGCUUCAUCUUUCAAGUAGAUAAAGGGAUCUACAAAAAUCCCCUACAGAAUUAAUCAUUUAAGUGUAAACAGAGAGCUUGAUAAUUAUUAAAAUAUUGAUGGAAGGAUAACAAAAUUAAAGUAUUUUAACUUUAAUGAGUAAAUGUAUGAUUAAUAUGAAAAACCUACCAAACAAAAGAUAAAAUAAAUAUUUGAAAAUUUAAGAGACAACCUACUUUUCUCUAUGUCAGUACUCGAAAUGUAAAUAUAAAAAUUAAAAUCUCCUGCCAAGAGGAAAGCAGCAUUUAUGGUAAAUCCACAAUAUGGACAAGAAAGUAACUACUAUUUUUAAAGAUAGCAAAAAGACAACUACUACUAAUAAUGA